AUGGUCAGGAUUAUCCUAUGCUUACAUGCCACCACAUAUAUUUAUAUAGGUAUAUCCAUAUGCUCCCUCUUACAAGACCACAUAGUUUCACUGGGUUUUCAGAACUCAGAUCUUACUUUUGUUCUUGUUCUUGUUCCUGCUAUUUCAAGCAACUUGAUGAUCAUGCAAGGGGAUGACUCUAUAUCCAUUGAAUCCUCCAUAGGUGAAAACUCAUCAGAAAACUCCAUUUCUUCAACAUCUUCAUCAGACUUGGUUGAUGAUGCAUCUUCUGCAACAUCAUCAUCCAAUGGACCUCUUUAUGAAUUGUCAGAUCUCAUGGCUCAGCUGCCUCUCAGGAGAGGGCUUUCUAAGCAUUACCAAGGGAAGUCUCAGUCUUUCACAUCAUUAGCAAGGGUGAUGAGCAUAGAGGAUGUUCCAAAGAAAGUGGUCAGAGGAAAGGUGAAACAAUGUAAGAGCCAUGGUUGGGGACUUGAUGGUGGUCAGAGAAGCAAGUCAUGUAGUCCAAAGGCUACCAUAUCAAAGAAGGGUUGCUAUAGUAGAAGCUUUUUCAUGUCUUCUCUAGGUAAGACUAGUAGUAAUAAUGUAGUGAUUAGUGAAAAGUGAAGGAUUAUUGAGGUAUUGCUGUUUGUGGAUUCAAGCGAAAAUGGGAUUUAUCCGUGUAAAGUUAUAUUUGUCAAAGGUUUAAAGAUGAUUUAUAACCUAAUAAGGGGUUUUAAGACUACAGAUUAGUAGUUUAUCAGCAAACCAGAAGCUUAAUUGUGUAAACCCACAUGUGUAUAUGCAUUUGCUCAUGGCAUCCAA